AUGCACGUUCUCCGCGUCACUAUCGCUUGUGCCCUCGCCAUCAGCGCUGCUUGCGCGCAGGACCUCGUUCCCAGUUCCGUGUCGUCCACGUCAACGAGUACCUCCAGCUCGGGCUCGAACAACUACUACGAGUCGGACGACAGCAUCCUCACCAGGAUCGACGCCAGUGCAGCUGACGCGGCGAACGCCGGCAGCGUGUCCACGGGCAUUACCAUCACCAAGGCGUUUGCCGCUGGUAGCAGCGACUCCAGCGCCAACGGUGCGACGGUCGGCUCCGCGGACUCGAAUAGCACCGCGGCAGUCGGCACCUCCAGCGCCAGCACCGACGCGACCGUCACGGCCAGCACGUCGGGAUCUUCGGACACCACCACGGAGUCGUCCUCCACCUCCUCUACGACCAGAUACACUGAGGACACGACGUCUUCGUCCGCGUCGGCUUCGUCGACGUCGGCCUCCUCCUCGUCCGGAUCGAGCGGCGCGUCCUCGGUGGCUGCCUCGUUUGGAGCUGCCGCGGCCAGCGCCCUCGUUGCUGCGGCUUACUUCCUGUAG